UCUUGCCGCACGUGACUUUAGUCAGCUCAACCUGGAUGUUCAAUGCUCAUGUUGUCACUGGUUCAUUGCUUGUAGUCUUGUAUUCUUGUCUUCUCAGGUUGCUUCAAUUGAGCUUGCUUGCCUGAGAGCUCAAUACACUACGAAAUCUACCAACCCUCUUGAUACAACCCUAUGCUAAAAGGUUGAAUUGCCAUCAUUCGAGGAGAUACCCUCUUCUCAACAGAUCAAUCAAGUUCUAUUAUCAAAAUUCCUCUGUAAAUCAUCAUUCCGCUAUGCCGACCCCCGAGUCCGAGGCUUUUCUGGCUAAGAAGCCCACAGUCCCUGCCAGCUUCGAUGGUGUCGACUACGAUGACAACAAGCGACUCAAGCAGGCGCAAGAUGCCGUUAUCAGAGAGCAAUGGGUGCAUGUUAUGAUGGGACGGCUAGUCCAGCAGGAGCUCAACAAAUGCUACUAUCGCGAAGGUGUCAACCAUCUCGAGAAGUGUGGCGCCUUACGAGAACGAUACCUCCAAUUGCUCAAGGACCACCGAAUACGUGGUUAUAUGUUCCAGCAAGAGAACUACGUCACAAAGAAAUAGAAGUGGAAGGACGAAUCGCAUGUAUCUGUGCAUAGACACACUUUAGAUCGCCGGUUAACUUCAAUACCAAAUUACUUACAAUGGGAUUGAGCUGAAUGCGUUGCGAGGACCGUGGAGACUGAGAUGCUUGCGCAAGACUCCUGUUUCAAUGAGGUCUUUAGACAUCAAUCUACACUCAGCCGCAGUGAUUUCAUUCAAACACAAAUGCUAAAAAAUAAAAAAUAAAAACUUAUUCCAAGAACAAA